AUGACCUUAGAACAUCGUAAUGGUGCCGAUCAGGGUAGGAACUUUAUCCUCACGUUUAACCCAAAAGAACUGGAAGAGCGCUACAAGCCGGAGGCAAAGAAGAUACGAGAACUACUCGAGUCAAUGAACACGGAUAUCGCCAUCUACAUCGUUUUUAUUUACAAAAGUAAACCACAAGAUCCAAAGUUCAAAGCCGAUAUAAUCGACGAAAACGGGGAUUCGGUCUUUGAAAAGAAAAAGAUUUUAGGCUCCAACGAGGAGCAGGCUCUCAGGAGAUUGGCACUCGCCCUGAAGGUCGAGAUCAUGCUCCGAGAAGCCGACAUCCGUGGACAAAGAUUGGGGGGUGAAACUGACAUGACAUACAAGUUGAGGAUUCAACGUCAUGGGACUGAACGUCCGAGGGCAGUUAUUACAAUGACCAAAAUCUGCGAAUCAGAUAUCAAGGCGUGCGGAUUUCUCCUGGACUGGAUGAAUGAAAGCCUAAAGGCAUACGAUGACGAGUAUAUAAAGAAGGAGGAGAGCGAAGAGGAUGUGUAUGUGUAUGUGGAUGAUGAGGAGAAUGAAGAGGAGAGUGGGGAGGAGUUUGAAGGUGAGAAAAGUCACGUAAAGGCAAAUCAGGGCAAGAAACGAGACAAGGUGUCUUCCGGACAACAUCCCUAG